GCGAGAGAGAACGCAAGUGAGAAUUAUCUGAGUUUUGAUGUAAAUGGAAAGCGACUAAUGAAGAAAUUAAAUACAAAAAAGUGCAACUGAAAAGACAACUUCGUUACAAAAAGUUCAUAAUAAGAGAUUGAAUGAAAGAUAUCGUAUAUAAAGCCACAUAUGUCACUUCGACUACAGUUGUUAUUAAAUACAAUCUUUCUAGUUCAAAUUUUUGUUACAUUAUAAACUUUCAUACAAGAUUAUUUAGACUAUUUGUGUAAUUAGGUAAUACUUACUUUAUAUUGUGAAUUUCGACGAAAACAAAUUGAAUGAUUUUUUGGAAUUAUUUUCAGAGUUUAGAGAUACCAUCAUGUCCAAAAAAAAAGGUGUUUCUCUUGAUGAGAAACGUUUAAGAAUAAUACAAAUAUUUCAUGAAAAAAAAGAAUUCUUUACGCUAAAGGAAAUUGAAAAGAUUGCAUCAAAGGAAAAGAAAAUUGUGGUGCAAUCUGUCCAAGAUGUACUACAAGCAUUAGUGGAUGAUGGUUUAGUACAAUCCGACAAAAUUGGCAAUUCUAUAUACUUUUGGAAAUUCCCAGGAGAAACUAUUGCUGCAACGGAACGCAAAAUAGCUGAUACAAGCAAAAAGAUAGUGGAAACAGAAUUUAAGCUUCAAAAGCUAAAGGAAGAAAUACAGAAAGAAAAGGAAUUGAAGAAUGAUACAGAAGAGAAAAGAAACUUAUUAGAGGAAGUGGAACGAUUAAAGAAAGAGGAACAAGAAAUUAAAAAGCAAAUUGCCAAAUUCAGCGAAGUUAAUCCAGAAGCAAUUGUAGAAAUAAAAGAGAAAGCACAGAGGACCAAGGAGCUAACUAAUAUAUGGACGGACAAUAUUUUUGCUAUACAGAGUUGGUGCAGAACUAAAUUUAACAUCUCGGAACAGGAUCUCAAUAAACAAUUUAAUAUUUCUGAAGAUUUGGAUUACAUAGAAUAAAUCUUAUUCUGUUAGUUCGUAAUUUAUUAUUAACACAAAUUAUAUUUUUUAUAUAAAUAAACUUACCAUUCGACUA